UGGUGCGUCACUCCCAGCGCCCGCUAUACCGCAAUCAGCAGGCAUACGUACUUCGUCUACGGUACCACGGCAGCCCAUCCACGCGUGCACCGCCACAGCUGGUCCCCAAAGUUUCCCAAGAUACCCGCAUCAUGUCACUGUGCCUGUCAACGCCUCUUUGCUCUUGACUUUCCACUCGACACCCAAACAAACAAGAAUUCUCUCUCUUAUCUGGCUUGAUUCCAAAUACCUGCAAUUACUUGCAUCUCCCAUCAUCACCUCCCAGCGGUGUUUGUUUGCUUUUGCUCCUCCGCCAUCAUGCGCUGAUGUUCUUGAUCGCCGAUUCAGUGACGACAUCUCAAAUCUCCCCACCCGAUUCCAUCUUCAUCUUGAUUCCUACAAUCGACGGCUUGGCCUCUCCUUACGAUCGCUUAUUGAUUCACAAACAAACCGGCAUAGCUUGAAGAAUACGAAAUUAAGCUUCUUCUGUUCCGUUAGAUUCAUCUCCAUCAAGCAUGUAUAUCCAUCAGCCUCCCAGCAACGCCGAAGCUGCUCCGCAUAGGCCGCAACAGCCCACGAGUAACGACUGGACGGACGAGCAGACAGCGGGUGCUUGGGAAGAUGUGGCUUCUCAGCGCCCAGCCGGUGACACAGAGGACUCCAUCCCUCGACAAUAUAUCCCUGCGUCAUUGCGACCUGGUGGAGGUGCGGAAGUGGCCUUCGGCUCGCCGGAUGACGAAGACAGCGUGUGGAACGAGGCUCGAAACCUGCCGUUAGACCUGAAUCUGCCCGAUCAGGUCCCCGAUGCUCUCCGGCCGGGCGCACACCGGGCAGAGACGAAUCCAUUCCUGAAGAAACAGACCCCUUCCCAGACACCCUCAGACACAAACCUCCAAGCUCCUCCAAUCACGCUGCAGCCGCCAACCGCCUCGCUGUCCAACUUGAGCCUGGAAGAGACAAGCAUUCAGAACCCAUGGCAGCCGCCCAUUGGUACUCAAUCUCCUCUGCAUGGAACUGAGUUGCCCAUUGCAAUCUCACCCGGCGGGUCAGAAAUUGAUCCCUGGGCUCGUUUCACACCAGAGCCACCCGCCAAAGAGCCCAUCUCCCCCAAGUCUGCGGAUCUCAUCUCUCUGCACUCCAAAGGCUCAGCCUGGGAUGAUGAGUUCCCGAGCGAGCAUGGCAAUCCAGCCUCCCCACCACAGAAUGCUGCAAUACCAGAUGACCUCAUGCGUGAGCAGCAAGUCUGGGACGACUUGGGCUCUUUGGAUCCGGCCAAAGGCAAGGGCAAGGCAUCCGACAUUCCCGCGGCACAAGCGGCCCCGAUAGACGAUUGGAGCCUGAUAGACUCAGAGCCUUCGAGCUCACCACAGAGACAGCCACAGGAAGACUCCUCGACAGAUGCGCUUGACGAAAAGCCCGCUUUGCCUCCCCGGCUUUCGGGAAGUCAGGUACGAUGGACGCCGUCACGCCCACCAGUUGACGGCAAAGCCGAGACGUACCAAGUCAAGAAUAUCCGAUGGCAUGAUCCCAGCGCCUCCAACAAUCCCCGCGUAUCUCCCAUAUUGAUCCAGAAUGAGAAUGGCCCUUGCCCACUAGUCGCUUUGGUUAACGCACUUACUUUGACGACGCCCGAGGAGAUUGGUGAGACGGCGCUGGUGCAGGUCCUGCGCUCGCGGGAGCAAGUCAGCUUGAGCUUGCUGCUGGAUGCUGUUUUUGAUGAGCUCAUGUCCCCUCGAAGAACAUCGUCAGAAGAUUCGCUGCCGGAUGUCUCAGAGCUCUACUCAUUCCUCCAGAGUCUCCACACAGGCAUGAAUGUCAACCCGCGGUUCAUCCCCACUCCGGAGGUGAUCGCCGCAUACGAGCAUACUUCACUCACGGAGCUCCAUCCUCUUGAGCGGCGAAAGUACAUUCCCGGAACUUUUGAGAACACGGCUGAGAUGGGCCUCUAUGCCACUUUUUCCAUCCCCUUGAUCCAUGGAUGGUUGCCACCACAUGAUGAUGUCGUCUGCGCUUCCAUGGAAAGGCACGCUGCCUCUUACGAAGACGUACAGAAUCUACUCUUCCGCGAAGAGGAGUUGGAAGACAAACUAGCUACAUCCGAGGAGGGCCUGACUGAAGCAGAGCAGGAUCUAUACCAAGACAUCAUCACCAUCAAGAUAUUCCUAAACGAGUCAGCUACACAACUGACGCCCUGGGGUAUUGAAGUGAUUGAAAAGGCAAUACGGCCGGGCACAUUUGCCAUUCUCUUCCGCAAUGACCACUUUUCAACGCUAUAUUGCCACCCACACACUCGGCAACUCCUCACACUUGUGACGGACGCCGGUUUCCGAAGUCAUGACGAAAUCGUGUGGGAAAGUCUGCGGGAUGUCAAUGGUGAAUUGAACCAAUUCCUUUCCGGUGAUUUCCGGCUUGUAAGCGGCGAUGCGACCACUGGAUCGAGCACCGGAGCUGGCGAUUACGGAACAGACCAAGGCGGUGGCACUUGGACGACUGUCAGCAACAAGCGUGGCAAGACGAAGGAGGCUCCGCAUCAAGAGGAAGUAGGGCAGCCAAGCUCUACCACCGAACAAGAAGAUCGAGAUUUGGCUCUCGCUCUACAGCUGCAAGAGGAAGAGGAUCAGAAACACCGUGAGGAGCAGGCACGCCGGAAGCGUGAACGGACGCUGUCGGAGCAAUACAUUGAGCAAGCUCAUUUGCCCAUACCCGUCAGCCGCCCUGGUGGAGGCAACGCCGGAGUCAACAACGGCCCAAGGCGCAACUCUGGAGCAACAGCUAGCGGUAGCCAAUCCCUCGCCUCGCCGCGACGGACCUCCAACAGCAUCAACACAAAUGCAAACAGCAGUGCAAAUGUGGCCCCUGUUUCUGCUUCGACUUCACAGCGCUCUCUGCCAAAUUCGGGAUCGGUGUCACAGCAAGUCCGGCCUCUUGUCCCACCUCGGAGACAGGGUGUGAAUCGACCGCCUGAUAACUCGGAUGAGCCGCCGCCGCCCUCGUAUGAACAGGCUGCCCAGGUUCCCGCAUACGUCCCUCCUCCGGGGCACCCCAACCACCACGAAAGCAGCCCAGCAAGCAGACAAGUAUCCCGAUCGAGUGUGAACACUGGCAGCGGACCGCCUGCUUCUGCAGCUCGAGGCCGCCGACCCGGAGCCCCGGUUCCAGGAGCUCGAAGGCCAGCAGUGCCUGCUUCAGCGGGUUCAGGCAGAUCGGACCGAGACUGUGUGGUAAUGUGAUGUCGAGAUGAUGAGAAGGAGCUAUUCAUGAAUAAAGUUGGGGCAUUACUCAUGCCAGGAAUGGCGUUUUUAUUGAUGGGCAGGCGGGCAUUUUCCUUGCAGGCGUUGUAUUUUGGCCGUGAUGAUUGUAUGACGGACGCUCUUUUCCUCUCAUCCUCGAACAAGAAUUGUAUUUCAUAGUUUUACCAAGUAUUCUUACGUUUUUUCUCUAACGAUAUACAUACUAUCAAUCAUCAAGUUAUCAUUGUCAUAUAUCGUCUGAGAAGCCGCCUAUUCUAUCUCCCGGCACGAUUUGAAUGGUAUUCCCAAUCAUGGCAAACGACUGGAAUCUCUACUAAGCGGACAAGCGCAUUUGCUUCCAAAUAUGGCAUAA